UCUUCAAGUUUUUUUUUCAAAUCCAAGUGUGUAUAUUUAUUUUCAUUUAAAAAAAAUGGAAAAAUUAUGCAAUUUAUAAAUAAACUAUUGCAUCAAUUUAAACUUCAAUAUAACAACAAUAUAAUUAUCUUCAAAUAAAACUUAAAAUAUAUUGAUUUAAAGUCAAAAAAAUGUGUCAUUUUUUUUUCUUGGGAAAGUAAAAAAAAAAAACCCACCAAACCAACAAAAAGUUUUUUUAUUUUAUUUUUUUUCCCAUACAACUUGUCUCCGUAUACAAGUUAGUAGAGUAGAGAAAUACGUCGGUUUUCGAUUCGAUUCGAGUUUUUCCUUUCGCCUUCGCCGCCGUACUGAAGUCUGAGUGCCUGUGUGUAUGAGUGGUUUUUUGUUGUAUGUAUUUGUUUAAUAUCCUAUACGAACGUGUGGAAAAUUGAUUCAGAUUCGUAAAAAAAAAUGCCGUCCACCACACAGCAGCAGUGUGUAUAUCGGGAAAAUUAAAUAUGGCGUCGCGGGUUGGAACCAGAACCAGUUUUCUGCUGCUCUUUGUUUAGGGGAUUUGAUGGAAGAAAAAAAUAAUCAUCAUAAAAAUCCACCAAAAUCUUCCCUGAAUUAAAACCAGAAACAAACCAGAAAAUCAAAAUUCAAAAAGGAUCUGUGUGUGGAUUGUGUGUGGAUCCUUUUUUGAUCUUUGCCUUUUUUUUUAUUAACCAUGUCUUGAGACACACACAAAGGUUGGCUAAAUUUUGUUUUGCGUGUGAUUAUUAUACAAAAAGCUUUAAUUGUAACUUAGCAGAGCAAAAUUUUGAAAGAAAAGAAAAGUGGCAAGUGAAGAAAAAAAUAAUAAAUUUAUUUUUUGUUAAUUUGUUCUGGGCUUCUGGGCAAUAAAGUUGUCCAAGUCGUUGUCGUCGUCGUUGGGUUGCUUUUGUACACACUCGAGUCGACGAGUCGACGAGAAACCGACCACAAAUCGUUGUUAAAAGAAGAGAUUUGAAGAUGCCGAUGGCUGCGGUGUACGUGAGACGGUCUCGUCGGAAAGGUGCAAACCGAAUUGCCUUGCCCUCGAGAGCAUCUGAUAAUGUUCUGGAGCCUUUACUUCAAAAUUUGCCAACAGUUGGAGCUGCUCCAUCUGGAACUGGUGGCCCAAGUGUUGCUGCAGCCACUGGUGGUUCGAGUUCAUCGUCUAGUUCGUCGGUAAAUUCCUCAAAUGCAUUCAACACAAAUGGUAAUACAAAUGGGCCAUCGACAUCAUCGUCAUCUUCCUCCUCAAAUUCUUCGUCAUCAUCAUCGUCAUCAUCAUCAACAUCAUCUACCACCACUGCAACAUCCACAUCUUCCACAUCGUCGUCUGCGACGUCUACAAGUGCUGGUAGCGGCCCAGCUGCAACUAGCACUAGUUCUUCAGCACCCAAUUGCAUAAAUAGCACAAAUUCCAUGACUAAUACAAGUAGUAGCACAGCUGUUAAUUCAACAGCGUCAUCAAGCUUUGUCUUGCCCUCAACGUCAGCCAAUGUAACUGCAGUUGCAGCUCCAGCUGCUGCAACCGUAAGCAGUUGCUCUUCAAUAGGAUGUUGCCAUCAGUCACCAUACGAUCUGCGUCGUAAAUUACCAUCUUCUAGCCAUGAACAAUGGUGUGUUGCCAGUACGAGCAGUGCUGCUGGCAGUGCAACAGCAUCAUGCUCGGCAGCCACUGUUCCGACGGCAGGUCCUUCGUCAGGUGUUGUGGCAUGCGGUGGUAACUUCAGUUCUCAUUAUCACGCAAUCACUCCAUCGACAUCAACGUCUGCCUCGUUAAACUGUGAAGACAGCUGUUAUAUGCUUCCAGCGCGAAAACGAUCCAAGAGGAUGUACACGGCUACAAGUACAGAAACUAGUGGUCCAUCGGCUGCCCACUAUUUGCAAUACGAAAUGCCUGACGAGGUUCUUCUUACAAUAUUUUCCUACUUACUAGAACAGGACCUUUGUCGGUUGUCGUUAGUUUGCAAGCGUUUCAAUACAAUCGCCAAUGACACAGAAUUGUGGAAGCGCCUCUAUCAAUCUGUAUAUGAGUACGAUCUGCCACUCUUCAAUCCGGAAAUAUGCAAAUAUGUCUUUGUGAAAGCAGAAGACUCAGACUAUGCUAAUCCAUGGAAAGAGAGCUUUCGGCAGCUUUAUCGCGGCAUUCAUGUGCGUCCUGGUUAUCAGGAUAAAAAGUUUAAAGGCCGCCAUAUAAUUCAUUUUAAUACAAUUCAAGCAGCUCUCGAUUAUCCAGAUGAUAAAAUACCACAUCCUCCUUCGAAUAAUCCAGCUUUAAAUGCCGCUGCCAACAUUGGCAUGCCGAAUAGUAUUUCUGGUCUGAGCUCACAACAAAACGCUGCCAACUUGUAUGGAGCAGACGACAAUACCAGUCCAGAAAAUGUGGGCACUUUAAUAUUUCUGCAUGGUGGCCAUUAUAAGGGUGAAUAUUUGUUCAUUGAUUCGGAUAUAGCUUUGAUUGGGGCGGCGCCGGGUAAUGUGGCAGAAUCGGUAAUUUUAGAACGAGAGGCAGGUUCCACAGUGAUGUUUGUCGAGGGCGCAAAGUAUGCCUAUGUGGGAUACAUCACUCUGAAGUUUUCGCCCGAUGUUACAUCAACUGUUUCGCAUCACAAGCACUAUUGUCUGGACAUUGGUGAAAAUUGUAGUCCUACAGUAGACAAUUGCAUUGUUCGUAGUUCAUCGGUAGUUGGGGCUGCAGUUUGUGUUGGUGGAUUGAAUGCAAAUCCAGCGAUUAGGAACUGUGACAUUAGCGAUUGUGAGAAUGUGGGACUGUAUGUGACUGAUUAUGCCCAGGGCACGUACGAGCACAAUGAAAUAAGUCGCAAUGCACUAGCCGGAAUAUGGGUUAAAAAUUUUGCUAGUCCCAUUAUGAGGGAAAAUCACAUUCAUCAUGGGCGUGAUGUUGGAAUAUUUACAUUCGAAAACGGAAUGGGAUACUUUGAGAAAAAUGACAUUCAUAAUAAUAGAAUAGCUGGAUUUGAGGUAAAAGCUGGUGCUAAUCCUACUGUGGUCAAGUGUGAAAUUCAUCAUGGGCAGACUGGUGGCAUUUAUGUUCAUGAAAAUGGACUUGGACAAUUUAUCGAGAAUCGUAUACAUUCCAAUAAUUUUGCUGGUGUUUGGAUAACCUCCAACAGCAAUCCCACUAUUCGUAAGAACGAAAUUUACAAUGGUCAUCAAGGAGGUGUAUACAUAUUUGGCGAGGGACGUGGACUAAUUGAACACAAUAAUAUUUAUGGAAAUGCAUUGGCUGGCAUUCAAAUACGCACCAAUAGUGAUCCUAUUGUCCGCCAUAACAAGAUCCAUCAUGGCCAGCAUGGAGGCAUUUAUGUGCAUGAGAAAGGCCAAGGCCUGAUUGAAGAAAACGAAGUUUAUUCCAAUACUUUGGCUGGAGUAUGGAUCACGACUGGUAGCACGCCAGUUCUUCGCCGAAAUCGUAUUCACUCUGGCAAACAGGUCGGUGUGUAUUUUUACGAUAAUGGCCAUGGUAAGCUAGAAGACAACGACAUUUUUAAUCAUUUGUACUCGGGAGUGCAAAUACGAACAGGAAGCAAUCCAGUGAUUAGAGGAAAUAAAAUAUGGGGUGGCCAAAAUGGAGGAGUAUUGGUCUACAAUGGUGGCCUUGGGCUUUUGGAACAAAAUGAAAUAUUCGAUAAUGCCAUGGCAGGUGUUUGGAUUAAAACAGAUUCAAAUCCAACACUGAAAAGAAAUAAAAUCUACGAUGGUCGAGAUGGUGGCAUUUGCAUAUUUAACGGUGGCAAGGGCAUUUUAGAAGAGAAUGAUAUAUUCCGAAAUACUCAGGCUGGUGUACUGAUCUCAACGCAAAGUCAUCCCAUCCUCCGGAGGAAUCGAAUAUAUGAUGGCCAAGCUGCCGGUGUUGAAAUCACAAACAAUGCCACAGCUACACUUGAGCAUAAUCAAAUAUUUAAAAAUAAAUUUGGUGGUUUGUGUCUGGCAAGUGGAGUGCAGCCCAUUGUUAGAGGCAAUAAUAUAUUUAACAAUGAGGAUGAAGUCGAAAAGGCGGUAUCGGGAGGACAGUGUUUGUACAAGAUAAGCAGUUACACUUCAUUUCCCAUGCAUGAUUUCUAUAGAUGUCAAACGUGCAAUACAACCGAUCGUAAUGCAAUUUGCGUGAAUUGUAUUAAAAAUUGUCACGCUGGCCAUGAUGUGGAAUUCAUCAGACAUGACAGAUUCUUUUGUGACUGCGGUGCUGGCACCUUAACAAAUCAAUGUCAGUUACAAGGUGAACCCACUCAAGAUACUGACACCCUUUAUGAUUCAGCAGCUCCAAUGGAAUCUCAUACUUUAAUGGUCAACUAGGAUAUUAACUAAAAAAACAAGUAAAAAACAAAAAAAAAAUUUAAAAAAAUCACAAAUAAGAACAAAAAAUAUAGAAAAAAAACUAUGAGUUAAAUGCAAAAAUCAAAUUAUUAAAGUAAUACAUACCUUACAAAAUAAAAAAAAACUUAAGUCCACAAAACAAAAAAUAUUACUUCAACUAAAAAAAACCUACACUACAUUUAACAAAACUAGUUUAACCAAUUAGAUUACGGCUUACUCAUAUAGCUAUAUUAUAUUAACACACACACAAAACACAACAACAAAAAAAGAAGAAUUAUUCAUGUUUAAAACAAAUUCACUGAAGUAAAACUAAAACACCCCCCAGAAAUAUAAAUUGUCGAAAAAAAAAGUAAUAAAUAAAAAACUUUUAACAAAAAAAAAAAAAAAAAAAAAAAUGCCUCUAAAACGAAAAUAAAAAUUCAACGUAAUCAAACAGAAAGCAAUUGUAUUUGUGUAUACGUAGAUGAUUAUAAAAAAAAACAUUCUUCUUUAAACAGAAAAUAGGUAAAAUUGAAAUUAUUAUACAAUUUCAAAAAAAAAACUAACCCAAUUCAUGUUACCACUAUUGUAUUGAAAAAAAAAAAGAAAAAAAAAUCUUUAUCUUAAAAAGUACGAAACGGGAAUAAAAUAUAUAAAAAAUUAAAUUAAAUUAAAAAAGAAAAUUAAUUAAAAAAAAAUUAAAUUAAAAAAAAAAAUAUAUUCUAAGCUAGAAAUACAUCAUCCCAGUUGCAAUAAUUUUUUGAUAGAUUUGUUUUUGUUUUUUUAUUUUUUUUAUAUAAA